AUGACAGGAGCUGCCAUUCAGGGGGCUGCAGUCCACGAGGUCAUGUUCUGCUGCGGUAGACUGCUCGUUGGGGUCUCUGUCACCACAGGUGCCACUGCCGCACCAACAUAUAUUUCAGAAAUCGCACCGCCCAAGUAUCGCGUCAUGCUAACAGGUUUAUAUGGCUGCUCAUGAGACUGUUAUGAUGAAGCGAAGGCCAUUCUUAUCAAGUAUCAUGGCAAUGGAGAUCCAGAUUCUACGCUUGUCAACAUUGAGUACACCGAGAUAUGUCAAACCUUGGAGCAUGAGAAAUGUAUGCAGAAGACGAACCUCAAGGCUCUAGUUCAAACUCGCCCCAAUCGAUGGAGAAUAGGUGUCGUUGCUGCCACUGGUUUUUUCUGUCAAGUCAGUGGCAACAACAUAAUUACUUACUACCUUAUUACUUACUACCUUAGCAGCGUCCUUGAUGCUGCAGGUAUUCAGGAUACGAAAACUCAGCUCGGUAUAAAUAUUGGAAUAAGCGUUUUCAACCUUUUCACCUCCGCUACCGGUGCCUGGGCAGCUGAUACAAUUGGAUGUCGCAGAGGCUUUUUGGGCUCUACUGUUGCCAUGUCUUUACUCCUCAUAAUCGUCGCUAUUAUCACAAAAGAAUUUGGAGAUUACCCAACAGUUUCCUCCUCAGCUGCUGAAGUGGCUAUGAUAUUCCUCUUUUCGGUGUUAUCAUACUCGAUGCGUGCAAAUGGCAUUUCGUUCUUCAGCACUGUCUGCUACGCCACAGCAUUCCUCAAUACAUUCGCAAUCCCAUAUGCUAUGAAUUGGUCGGCUUGGGGAUUUUACCUCAUCACAUCCUUCUGGAAUCUAUUGGUGGAGGUCCCUAUCAUGUACUUUUACUUCCCAGCAACUGAGAAUAAGACGCUGGAGGAGAUUGAUAUCAUAUUUGAGGGCGUCAGACACACAGAGACUACAAUGACAGUUCGUGACCUCCUUCAAGGGGGAAAACAAGCCGAAGGAGGUAUCAAAAUUGUGGAUGAAGAGGGUUGA